CUCUACUGUUCCAGCGAUUGCUAUUGAUUGCUAUUGCGUCCAUCUGAACUCUCCAAGGUUGCAUUCUACCGAGACAAUCUCAAUCUUUUCUACACGCCUGUCUACGCACAUGACUAUUUCUCGAUCUUACUAUGGCCAAAAAGGCACGUCAAAGGAUAAGCUAUGUUCUUGAAUUAGAUCAUUCGUCGUGCGGCGGCCAUAGACUCGGCGUUAAUGGCCUUGCCGUCGACCGAGACAAUGCUAUUCUCUAUUCUGGAGGUAGAGAUGGUGUCAUAUGUGCCUGGGACCUAAAUCUCGAUUUGAAUAGUCACGAUCCCGAACGCGUGGCUAGCCGAGGCGCAAAACCCCGACCGACCACCAAGUUCCGCGCAUCGACACAAGCCCACACCCACUGGGUCAACGAUAUCGUACUCGCUGCUAAUAAUACCGCUCUCGUUUCUGCAUCCUCCGACUUGACCGUGAAAGUAUGGCGACCCGAAUUGGGGGACACCGAGCCCCAUACCAUCGGCCAGCAUGCCGACUAUGUCAAGUGUGUCGCGACACCGAACUCUGCCGAUUGGGUCGCUUCAGGUGGACUGGAUCGGAAGAUAUACCUGUGGGACCUUAAUGGCAAGGGGAAAUCCCUAGAGAUCGAUGUUCGAGGCGAGGACGUCAGCGAGAAAGCUUCGGUAUACGCUAUGAGUGUUGGCCGAAACAUCUUGGCAAGUGGAGGUCCGGAGUCAAUUGUACGGUUAUGGGAUCCUAAGUCGGGCAAGAGAAUAACCAAACUGGUCGGUCAUACUGACAAUAUCCGCGCGAUAAUGAUGAACGAGGCUGGCGAUACUGUUAUGACGGCCAGUUCCGACCAGACUGUCAAAGUGUGGAGCGUUACCGCUGGAAGAUGCAUGUACACGCUCACCAUGCAUAACGACAGUGUCUGGUCGCUCUUUUCUGAGGACCCAGACUUGGCCGUCUUCUACAGCAGCGAUCGGUCUGGCCUGAUCGUAAAGACGGACACUCGGGGAACAGUGGAAAUGGACGAGGGCUUAUCUGUCGCCGUGGCUCAGGAGCAUGAUGGUGUCAAUAAGGUAGUGGCUUGUGGUGAUUACAUAUGGACUGCCACAUCAAGCUCUUCUAUCAACAGGUGGACGAACGUCGAAACCGGUCCUGACGCCCAACUCCCGGAGGCCUUCAGACAUUUGCGUGCGAGUAGUCCAGUCUCGAGAUCGAGAAAGCCAUCUGCAGCUUCCGUCGAAGGAUCGGGGAAGAAUGAAAUCCCAGCAAAGUCCAUAUUGCGGAUAUCGAACACCGCCGCGUUCCCGCCCGAGCUUAACGGUUCUUCCGAAUCCAAUUUAACUCCCGGCGCGCUGCCUAGGAAGGGCUCAGAACUCAUGGUUGAUCCUAUAGUUCCUGUCAUCGAGCCCAUACAUCACUUACCGGAAGAGACGAUCGAAGGCCAGAACGGGUUGGUUAAGCAUAAACUCCUCAACGAUCGACGGCGUGUCCUGACACUGGAUACCGCGGGUGAUGUAUUGCUAUGGGACCUUAUAAGAUGCGAAGUUAUCCAGAGAUUUGGAAAAAAGCACCUUGAAGACGUUGAGCCUGAAGUGAACACUUUGGAAGCUGUUGCACCUUGGUGUUCAAUUGACACAAGUUCUGGAAACCUGACUGUUGUGCUGGAACCAUUUAAUUGCUUUGACGCUGAGAUGUACGCGGACGAGUUGAUUUUGCCAGAACCCGUCGAAUUUCGGGAAGACCAGAGAAUAAACCUUGGCCGAUGGAUUCUUCGAUAUUUGUUUGCUAAGUUGAUCGACGAAGAAAUUAAACGGGAUGAAGCCCACAGACUGAAACUUAAUGAGGCUGUGGAGAGACGUCAUGCUGCUACCCGACUCAACCCACCAACCACGAUAAUGAUGCCUUCUCCCGACGCUCAAGGAUAUGAAUCUAGCGAUUCUCCGGUAGCAACGCCGAGGGCCAAUGGUGCCAAUUUCCCCAUGACUCCGGGACUGGCAAUAGGCGUCGCUACCCCAGCCCCUAAUUUACCGGGCGUUCCCGAGAAAACUGCUACUACUAACAGCCCUCUAGAGAAGCGACCUUCGCAACAACUGCCUCGAUCAUCUGGCGAAGACUAUUUCUCUGGUGGCAUUAGUUCGGCAGACCCGCCUCCGAAAUCAGCUACGACUACAGCGGGAGCAGACCAGACAGCUACUAAAGAAGAGAUCCCAAAAUCCCCAGUGGAAACGAAGGAUAAAGACAAGGACACUGCUAAGUCUCCGAGUACGCCUUUUGGGAAGAAAUUCCGAAUGGGUAUGUCUUUCGGUACCAAAAAGCUUGGAAGGUCGGCCUCCACGAGUAUCGAGAAGCCUAGUACCGCAGAGGAGAAGCCGGAGGAGAACAAGUCAGAGUCGUCAUCAAAUCACGAAAAGGAAAUUGACGAUAAUUUCCGCGGCGUAAUACAAAAGGUACACAAUGAUUACGAGAAGCAAUUACUCGAAAAUCCCGAUAAUUUAGUCGAGACUAAGAUAACACCGGCUCUACCUAUUGAUGCUCCAGUGUUGAAACUCCCGCCCGGUACGAAGGUUAUUAUCCAGGAAGAGACAUCCGGUGGUAGUGCCAACUUAUACCGGGGUACGGUGAUGAGUGUCGGUGUCGACGCGGAUAUCAUCGAGGAGAAAGCUCCCAUGUGGUUGGGCGAAGUCUUACUCACGAAUACGAUUCCACAAAAAGAUCCUGUAAAGGUCUCGUUCGUGCUACAUCCAUGGAAGGAUUCGUUGCCUAGCAUUGCGACGGCCGAUGGAAACAAUCGUCUUAACGCAAAUAGAAUGCUGAGAGUGAAGAAAAUCCUAGGCUACGUUGCCGAAAGGAUCGACCCACAGCCCGAAGAGCCUGAGCCUGGAGCUCUCAAGCCUGAAGAGUAUUUAGAGCUGUAUUGUAACGAACAGCUACUACCAAACACCAUGAGUCUUGCGACCUUACGGGCCCAUAUCUGGAAAGGAGGCAGUGACGUUGUUUUGUGUUAUAAAGCAAACGGCCGGAAGGAAAUUCCAAAGGAACUCCCCCAGCCGACUCUCGAAGACCCCGUAGUUUCGGAUCCUGGAGCGCAGACGACGAUACCGCCAAUAGCGACUGUAACUUGAUAUAGUUGUAAUAGAAGUUGGAAUUGCAUGAUCAGGAGGAGGGGUAUCAUCCAUUAAUUGUCUAUGCUUGGUGAUUCUAAAAAUCGGGGUAUUCUAUCGUCUGUUGUACAUACUCCUCAUCUCUCUCCCCAUCC